AUGAUCAGAUUACUUCCAGUUUCAACCUUUUCUAAAUUGCUCAACCAUCGUGACCCUAUCUUCCUCCAUCUCAAAUGGUUCCCUUCGCGAGGGCUGUCCCAAUUCUCCCUCCAACCUUCUCCACCACAGUCUCACGCUUACGCAGCUAUGCUUCAACGUUGCAUCCAGAAUGGCGACCACCUUACCGGCCGAGCUCACCACUGUGCGAUUCUCAAGACGGGUAAUUGCUUAGAUUUGUUUGCUCACAACGUUCUGCUCAACCUCUACGUGAAUGGUAAGUCCUUGACUGAUGCCCGUAAGGUGUUCGACGAGAUGCCUGAGAGAAACACCAUUUCUUUUGUUACCUUGAUCCAGGGCUACGCCCAGUCUUCAGACUUCGUCCAAGCUCUCGACUUGUUCUCGAGGUUGCACAGAGAGGGGCAGGAGCUCAACCCUUUUGUUUUCACUUCGGCAUGUAAGUUGCUCGUGGCCAUGGAGUGGGCCGAGCUGACUCCCAGCAUUCAUUCUUCCAUUUGUAAGCUUGGUCAUGAGUCCAACGCCUUUGUUGGGACUGCUUUGGUUGAUUCGUACUCUGUUUCCGGGCUCGUAGACUGUGCAAGGCGAGCUUUUGAUGGGAUUCUUUGCAAAGAUAUGGUUUCGUGGACUGGGAUGGUGGCUUGCUAUGCGGAGAAUAGUUGCUUCCUAGAGUCUUUUCAAGUGUUCUCUGAUAUGAGGAGAAUUGGAUUCCGGCCUAAUCAUUUUACGCUUGCUGCUGUGCUCAAGGCCUGUGUUGGCCUAGAGGCUUUUGAUUUGGCCAAGGGUCUGCAUGGGUGUGCUUUAAAAACCGGUUAUGAGCCUAAUCUUUUUGUGGGGAUGGGGUUGCUCGAGUUUUAUGUAAAAUCUGGAGAUUCUGGUGAUGCUUCACGGAUUUUUCAGGAGAUGCCAAAAGAUGAUGUGGUUCCUUGGAGUUUCAUGAUUGCUCGGCAUGCUCAGAGCAACAUGGGCAAAGAGGCUGUGGAGCUAUUUGUCCAGAUGAGGCAAGGAAUGGUUACACCUAAUCAGUACACAUUUGCCAGCGUCCUGCAAGCUUGUGCAAGUAUAGAGGCUGUAGAUCUAGGGACACAGGUUCAUUGUCACGUGCUUAAGCUUGGUUUUCUUGAAGACAUUUUUAUCACAAAUGCUUUAAUGGAUGUUUAUGCCAAAUGCAGUCUGAUAGAAAACUCUCUUACGCUAUUUUUAGGAUCAUCAAUCACGAACGACGUCAGCUGGAAUACUAUGAUUGUUGGUUUUGUGCAUGCGGGUGAUUUCGAUUCAGCAUUGAGAUUCUUCAAGGAUACGCUUGAAUGCCAUAAUGUCCAGCCAACAGAAGUUACAUAUUCCAGCGCUCUUUGUGCUUGUGCUAGUCUAGCAGCUCUCGACCCAGGAACUCAGAUUCAUUGUUUGACAAUGAAAACUACAUAUGACAAGAACACCGUAGUUGGUAAUGCUUUGAUAGACAUGGUACUCUAUGCAUGGUCUCGGGGGGAAGCUCUGAAGGUUUUUGACAUUAUGCAAGAAACUGAUGUUAGGCCAAAUCAGAUGACCUUUGUUGGGGUGCUAUCUGCAUGUAGUAACGGUGGACUGCUCAGCAAAGGAGAAGCUUAUUUUAAAUCUAUGAUACACGACCAUGGUAUUGAGCCAUGCGUGGAACACUACUCUUGUAUGGUCUGGCUAUUAGGAAGGUUAGGUCAUCUCGAUCGAGCUCUGAAGCUGAUAAAAGAAAUGCCAUUUGAGCCCUCUCUUAUGGCAUGGCGUGCUUUACUUGGUGCUUGUGUCAUCCACAAUGAUGUUGAGAUAGGCAAACUCUGUGCAAAGCACAUCCUCGAGAUUGAUCCCCAAGAUGAGUCGACCCAUGUGUUGUUAUCCAACAUGUAUGCCAGAACCAGGAGGUGGGCAAAUGUCGCUACUGUUAGGAGAAGCAUGAAAACAAAAGGACUCAACAAAGAACCAGGUCUUAGCUGGAUUGAGAACCAGGGCACUGUUCACUAUUUCACUGUGGAUGACGCUUCACAUCCUGACAAGAAAAUGAUCUAUGGAAUGCUGGAGUGGCUGAACAUGAAAACUAGGCAAGAAAGCUACAGUCCUGACCGUAAUGCUGUGUUGCGGGACAUUGAAGAUGAUCAAAAAGAGCGCCACUUGUGGGUGCACAGUGAACGACUGGCUUUAGCUUUUGGUCUUAUCAAAACACCAUCGGGAAGCAGCCCUAUCCGGAUCAUAAAAAACCUUCGCAUCUGUGCUGACUGUCAUGCUGUCAUGAAAUUGAUAUCGAAGAUUGUGAAACGAGAUAUCAUCGUGAGGGAUAUGAAUCGGUUCCACCACUUUGAGAAUGGAAUUUGCUCUUGUGGCGACUACUGCGAAGUUACUGGUGAACAGGAUUACGGGCUGAUUGAGUUCAUUCCGUAUGAAAAGAUCGGUCUUAUUGAGGCUGACAGGUUGGGUGAAAGGAAUACAUCAAAUGGGGCAGCAGAUGAGCAGCAUGACGACGACGAGGAUGAGUUGCGGACUUUCAACUUUGAAAUCAUUGCUGCUGCUGCAACUAAUUAUUUCGCAACCGCAAACAAGAUUGGAGAAGGAGGUUUCGCACCUGUUUACAAGGCAAGCAAUGUCUUGCCUGAUGAUGACAUGAACCCAAAGAUAUCAGAUUUCGGGAUGGCUACGAUAUUGGGUCUCAGAAUCAGAAGCAAACACAGGGUUGGCUACAUGUCUCCGGAGUACGCACUGCAUGGUGUUGUCUCUACUAAAACCAAUGUGUUCAGCUUUGGCAUUUUGCUUCUGGAAAUUGUGAGUGGCAAGAAAAACAAUGGUUUCUAUGACCCUGACGAAAAACUGUCCACCCUCGCUGGAUAUGCGUGGCAGCUGUGGAAUGAAGGCCAGGGAGGCAGGGACUACAACUGUUGGACCGGACAGUAACAGAUUUCAACACACAAAAUGUACUGAGAUGCAUUCAGACAGGUCUGUUGUGCGUUCAAGAUCAGGCCACAGAUAGACCUGCCAUGUCUGAAGUUGUGGCCUUGCUGUCCAAUGAGACACGGGUACUGGCACACCCAAAGCAACCAUCGUUUUGUGCCGGUAAGUAGCAGAAGAGCUUGCCAAAGUGGAAAUCGAAGGUGAGAACUGUUUCAGAAACAAUAUGACCACCUCUGCAAGGAGGCAAGAUAAGUAGAUGGAUAGUGCCUUGUGGUCUAGUCCAUCAUGUUGUGCAUAUGUGAUACAUCGGGAGUUGAAACUGUAAAUGUCUCAG